GAGACUAUCACCAUGGUGAGAUUGACCAUCAUUCUGCUUUUCAGCAUGGCUUUUGCUCUGGGAGAUGCUACGAUACAACCCAAGACCCCCUGUGAGCGUGCUAGAGAUGCUGCGAUAAAAGGCCCAAUUGGAGCUUACAUCCCAACGUGUGACGCCGCUGGACAAUACACCCCUAAGCAAUGUUCGGGCUCUACAGGUUACUGUUGGUGUGUGACCAGUACUGGACAGAAGAUUCCGGGCACUGAGACUCCUCCAGGCACUGCUCCAAUCAAAUGUCCAUGCAGUGGUCCUCGCAGAUGAAAGAUGUUGGAAUGAAGAUGUUGAGAAGACUUUGCAAAUACUUUGACAGUUGUCUUUACUGUACUGAGGGAGAUGCCUCUCUCAAUACACAUAUUGAACAAAUCCACAACGUGUGUACACACACUCAGUACGCAUGAAUUAACUAUAUACAUAUGGAAGACCGCCGUCAGAACAGACUAGGAUACAGAAUAUACACUCGUGGCCAAAAUAUU